AUGACCCAAUACAACUAUUCUACAAUGACUGAAUUUGUCCUCGAGGGAUUAACAGCUCAACCAGAACUUCGGCUGCCAUUAUUCUUCUUAUUUCUAGUCAUCUAUGGAGUCACAAUAGUGGGGAACCUGGGUAUGAUCCUCUUAAUCACUUUCAGUUCUAGCCUCCAAUCUCCCAUGUACUUUUUUCUGAGUAAUUUGUCAUUCUUAGAUCUAUUUUAUUCUUCAGUCAUUACUCCCAAACUGCUGCAAAACUUCAUGUGGGAGCAAAAUAUUAUCUCCUAUUCUGGAUGCAUGACACAGCUUUUUUUCUUUUGUACUUUUGCUAUUGCAGAGUGCUGUAUGCUGACUGCUAUGGCCUAUGAUAGAUAUGUUGCUAUCUGUAAACCACUGCUGUACAGUGUCACCAUGUCCCAAAAGGUAUGCAUUGUAUUAGUGGCAGGGGUCUAUGUCACAGCAGCAUCUGGAGCUGUGGCCCAUACUGCCUCUAUGAGCAAGCUUUCCUUCUGUAUGGACAAUGUCAUCCAUCAUUAUUUUUGUGACAUACUUCCUCUCUUAGAGCUGUCCUGCUCCAAUACCUACCUCAAUAAGCUCCUGUUGAAAUAUGUGGGUGGAUUCAGUAUGGUGGCAACAACCGUGCCCAUCACCAUCUCUUAUGCUUUCAUACUCACCACCAUUCUUCAAAUACCCUCAUCUGAGGGCAGGUCCAAAACAUUUAGUACAUGUGGAUCUCAUCUUAUGGCUGUUGGGAUCUUCUAUGGUUCUACAAUAUUCACAUAUUUUAAGCCAGCAUCAAGCAACAAUAUGGCCCAGGAGAAAGUAGCUUCUGUGUUCUAUACCACAAUAAUUCCCAUGCUGAAUCCCUUGAUCUACAGUUUGAGGAAUAAGGAUGUAAAGAAGGUAUUGAGCAAAGUCAUGAAAAAAAGGUAUGGUUCACCCUACAGUUAG